AUGCAACAAACUGAUAUUACAAAUAUCAUUGCUUAUUCACAACCACCAAAUAGGGAUAAGUGUCCAUAUAAAGCACAAGCUGGAUAUCCAGAGUAUGCUCAUGGUGGUGUUCACACAUUUGUAGGUAAAUACAUGUCAGACCCAGGUACAUCAGCAAAUGACCCUUGUUUUUUCAACCAUCACAGUUUUAUCGAUUUGCUUUUUGAAGAGUGGCGUAAAGCAAGACAAGAUUAUAAUAGAAGGCCACUUGAUUACCCAGUUGAUAAUCCUGAUUGCGAAACAGAAGUUAACUACAAAAAUCAAAAUAUGUCACAAUUUCCAGUAAUUUGUUCUUAUUAA